CAGCAACUUGUCAAACUCCGUCGUAGAACGGUGUACAACAGUCAACAGAGUGAUUUUAGUAAUGUCGUAAACCUUUGGCAUCUACGAUGCAUUAUUUAAACGUAAGCAUUUAUUGUUUCUUGUUAUGAAAACACAGUUAUAAUAUUUAAUUGUUAUCUUCCAAUGGAGAAUUUGGCCCUUAAUACUUAAUAAGAACACUGGAACUAUUGCUGAUUACUUGGCUUUAAAUCGUUAAAAAUGUCGAAGAAUGGCGAAGUGUCGUCAAAUCAAGGUCCCAGCAGGCCUAGUAUGCCGAAACCAGAUCUGAAUUUGUUCAGUACAGAUAAACGUAAAGUAUUAAACCUUCAAUUAGGAGGUUCAUCAAGUGAAAGCGCCGCAUUUAUGCCUUUUUCCCCGAAUGCAUCAGCUCAAAAAACUCGACUACCAUCUAGAACUAUCCGAGAUGUUUUGCCAGAAAACCCAAGGGAUCGAUGUCGCAUCUAUCCUUCAAUGCAAUCAUCGGGAAAAUUGCAAUUAUCAGCAACGGAGGUGUAUGAUUUUACAUCUGACGACUUACAAGACCUCGGUGAAAUAGGAAGAGGUGCAUUUGGAGCGGUCAACAAAAUGGUCCAUAGAAAGAGCAACAGAGUUAUGGCAGUAAAACGUAUAAGAUCCACUGUUGAUGAGAAGGAGCAGAAACAGUUGUUGAUGGAUCUUGAAGUUGUCAUGAAAAGUAACGACUGCCCAUACAUUGUACAGUUUUAUGGGGCUUUGUUUAAAGAAGGUGACUGUUGGAUAUGUAUGGAAUUAAUGGAUACCUCAUUAGAUAAAUUCUAUAAGUUCAUCUGUGAAAGGAUGCAGACUCGAAUACCUGAAAAUAUUAUUGCUAAAAUAACACUAGCGACUGUUAAAGCUUUAAAUUAUUUAAAAGAAAAACUUAAAAUAAUUCACAGGGAUGUCAAGCCAUCUAAUAUACUUCUAGAUCGCAGAGGGAACAUAAAGUUAUGCGACUUUGGUAUUUCAGGAAAAUUAGUUGAUUCUAUAGCUCGUACACGGGAUGCAGGUUGUAGACCUUAUAUGGCGCCUGAACGGAUUGACCCCGGCCGAGCAAGAGGAUAUGAUGUUAGAUCAGAUGUAUGGUCACUAGGUAUCACACUGAUGGAGGUAGCAACAGGAUCCUUUCCUUACCCUCGCUGGGGCUCAGUGUUUGAACAGUUACAGCAAGUUGUUCAGGGAGACCCUCCUCGCCUUACCAACAAAAAUAAUAUAUUUUCAAAUGAUUUUGUCAACUUUGUUAAUACCUGUUUAAUAAAAGAAGAAACACAAAGGCCCAAAUAUAAUAGGCUAUUGGAGCAUCCAUUCAUCAAGGGUAUUGAUCAGAGUAGAGUGGAUGUUGCCGCAUAUGUAUGUGAGAUAUUAGAUGCUAUGGAACGUAACGGAGUUAGUCCGUUCACCACGGACCAGCCAGCACAGGCUUGGAUAGACUAACCGGUUUCCUGAAGAAGAAUCAAAGAAUUUUUCAACUUGUCAUUUAUUAUACUCACUAUAAUGCAUCAUAUUUAUUAUCCCAUUUAAUUUAAUUUAAAAAGUAUAUAUGUAAUUAUAAAAUUAGCUUGCCUUUGAAAUGAUAUCCUGAACACUAUUAGAGAAGCAAAGUUCAAAUCUUGUAUAUUUUACACUAUUUGAAUUGUAGUUUUAAAAAUUAACAUUGUUAGGUCAAGUAGAAAAAUUCUUCUAUUAUCUGCAAUCUAUUGAGCACUUUAAAAAAUGUUACAUGUUCAUAGAUUUCAGUCAUCAUUUUGUAGUUAACACUUUACUUCAUAAUACUAACUGGGUUCCCAUUAAUGGUAAGUUACUCAAUAAAUUAUGGCAUAAUACACAAAUUGUAUUAUUACGUAUUAUAUAAUUGAAGAGGUUGUAAAUUAAAAUUAUUUUGAGAAAAAAAUUAUAAUUGUGAAUUAAUGGAUGUUUGUAUAUCUAUUGUCUAGAUUGUAUGAGUGUAAUUCAGAUAAAUAAUAUAUUAUUGGGGACCUAGUAUAUCCUUAGAGAUUGUAAAUUGUUCUAGUGUGUUUGAGAAUGCUUGUAGGUAAUUAACAGAUCAUAUGUAUAGGAUGUAAUUUUGUAACAAAUUUGUAUAUACAGACAGAUAAUAACUAUGUAUAAGUAAUUAAUAACAUAACAACCAUUUUUAUAUAUGGCAGCAGUUCACUUAAAGUCAUUUGAAAUUAAUUUGAAGAAACACAAUGCAUAUAUGUCAAGGAUCACCUAAUUUGGCUCAUUCUAAUACAAUUAAGAUAUAGAAGAAUUAAAAAAACAAUAUGA